CGGAAGGACAGCCUGGGGUGCGCUCUAGCCAUUUCCUGCCUCUAGGAAGAAGGCCCGGCCUCGGACAAUGAAACCAUCGAGCGGGGCAAGGGCAGAGCGGCCCAGCGGCCCGCACCAGCCGCUCUCUCCAGCUGGGAGCCGGCGGGCUCGGUGGUCUGCAUGUGUGUAAUGGGUCGGGGGGAGUCUUAGCAGAAGAGCCCAGAAGGCCGCAGGACAGAGCAUUUGCAGUGGUGUGAGUGAUCUUGCUGCUUCGUCCAGCUCCUUUGUUCAGUCUGCACCAAGUGAAUUCCAGUCCCAAAGUGCUUUCUCUGGCAGCUGGGCUUCUGUGUGGCACCCCCCCUCCCCACCCCAGAAUCUCCCAUGGCACUGAAGGCAGAGGCUCCUUUGCUGGACUACAUUGAGGUCUCCCUGAAGUGUGAGACGGAAGAAGAGAAGGAGAAAACAGUCCCGGAUGCUCGUCUGCCUGUUUGUGCCCCACUCAGGCAGGAUGGAGCCCGUGCAGACCCUGUGGGCAGAGGAGAGCGGAUGGUUCCAGCCUCGGUGCCCAGGGCCGCCCAGGAAGAACCCAGCGGCUCCUGGCGGCAGGAAUACCUGAUAGCCAAGAGCUCUGCCCACGACCGGCUGGUGUGCAUGGUCUGCGGGGGCGUCCUGAGAGCCUCGGGCCCCAUGAUGGCCCGUGAACACAUCCUUCAGCAUCACGCCCACUCGCUGGACUUCAGCCUGGAAGAGAAGCGCAACAUCCUGGAGGCCUGGAGUGAAGGGGCGGCGCUCCCGGAGGCCCAGACACAGUUGCGUCCUGCAGGGAAUCCCAUUGAAACCAAGAAGCCAGCUGAGAUUGAAGUGCUUUUGGAUUCGGAAGAGCAGCCAGCAAGUCGGAAACGGGGACCGAUGAAGCCAAGCUGUGAGGCUUUCAGCUUCAACCCUAGGCGGCAGGCGCAAGGGCAGAGGAGGUGGCACAGCUCGGGCAAUGCCAAGGCCGCGAAAGGCAAGCAGACCAGCAAGGACUCAGGAAAGGAAUGGCCUUCACAAGGUGGCGUCCCAGGUUCAGCGCCUGCCGAAAUACGGAUCUUCACCGAUGGGACCUUCCCAGCUGGGUUCGCCUUAAAGCUCUACUGCCGGCCUCAGCCAGAGCCAGCUCAGAACGCCAGUGCUAAACCAGGUGCCAGGAAGGGAAGAACGGAUCGUGACUGCUCCGUCUCUCUGCUGCGGCUUCGCUCCCCACACCCUUCCGGCCGCCUCGGCCCCAGCCAGGGCAACCCUGCCGGCAGCAUCCUCAAAGACUGUGGUGCCAAACCGGGCCAGCGGGCAGCCGCUGCUGCGGUGGGCAAGCAGGGGGCCCCUCUGCUGGCCGAGAGCGUCAACCCCGCCUGGCGUUCUCGCUUCCUCAUGGACUUUGAUGCCGCCGCCGGCCAGCUGGUCUGCAUGGUCUGUGAGUCCACCCUGCGGCGCGUCAGCCUGGCUGCCGUCAAGCAACACAUCCUCCAGUGCCACUCGGAGACCCUCCAGUUGCCCCGCGAAGUCCGCCGUACCAUCCGGGAGGUGUGGGAGAGCCGAGGCCCCCGCCCUGCCCCAGCCGCCAGGAAAUGAAGGGCUGCUUCCUCUUCCCCGGGGCAGGUGGGGGAGCGGAAUCGGCCUCCUCCCCGCCUGCUGCUGCUGCUUCAGUCUUGGGGCACGGGGGAGACCGGGCGGCCCCCUGGGGGCAGAAGUCUUUUGCCUUGCACUGUGACUCCGCGCGGAGAGAGGAGUCAGGCAGCGGGAAGGACUCUCAACACUUUGCACUGUGGGUGGGACAUUCCAGGCUGACUGUAAUAUUCUUUCACACAUCUUAAGAGGGGCCUCAAGCGUAGGGGAGAGGGGGGGGGCCCGCCACUCCGGCCGAGGAAGGCGCGCUUGUUGGGAACGGCCACGUCCAAGUCUCUGUCGAAGUGGUUCCGUUUUGGAUGCGCAGACACAUCAGCAGGAACACGAAGGCAACCUGGGCUCUGCAGCUGUUGUUGGACUACAACUCCCCUCAUCCCCAGCCACAGUUCCGUGUGGCUGGAGAUGGUGGGAAUUGUAGCUCAGGCAUUCCUGGCCGCUCACUUCCAGAAACCUCCUUAGGUGCAGAAGGUAUCUGGUGGUUGUUUUUUAACUAUUAUUCUGCCCAACGCCUUUUGCUUUCAGAAUCUUCGUCGGGGCAACAUAGCAAUAAAGCCAUGUCUCUCUCCUUUCUUUUUUUAAAAGCUCCUUUGCAAAUGAAUUCCCCCGAAGAAGGCUUUUACUCCAGAUGUGCAGAAUAAAUGGGUACCUACCUUGUGCGUCUUUUGAGGGGUUCCUCCUCAUUCGUUCCUAUAUUGGUGCCUCUCUCUCUCUCUUCCCCCUCCUCUCCAGCAAUAAUGUAUUUUCCUGCCCAGACUUAACCCAUUACUUUCCCCCACGGCUGUGCGUUGUUGCCCUCUGUGCCCUGUGCUGGACCCUUUCCUUGGCACUCCUCCAGGGGAGGAGUGCCAUGGGCUAGGUGGGAGCAGCCCCAUGGGCUAGGAUUUUGACAGGGAUGAGUUCUAGAAGGGAGAACAAAUUAUUUUUGUGCGAGAGGUCCUGUAGAUUCUGCAUAACAUUCUUCCGGGGAGGCUUCUUCCCCAUUCUGUUUUUUAAUACAAAAAUGUCUGUACUGCGUCUCACCGUGUUUCCGGCUUGGCUUGCGAACACCACACUUAAUAACAAUAAACUGGUCACAUCAUCA